AUUUUCAGCAAACGCAGUUUCCCUCAUAUUCCCUCAUCCUUAAUCAAUUUCAUCACCAGGAGACACACAGGACUCAACACAUAUGAUUACAGAUGCAAAUUUGGGAGAAUCAGAAAACAUAAUUAUGUGUGACAACGCAGUUCUUCGUCACGACUCUGCCAAUAAGGGGUCGGACACUCCGGAAUCAGAUCCUCUCUUGCCUUCUUCUGUUUUAUCAGAUCCUCCUCCCGACAUAAAAAAUUGGUUCUCAAGCUAUGAAUACGAGUCCUUCGUGCUGGAAACCAAUGACAAUUUUGGAUUUUCCGAUCCUCAAGAAACCCAACAAAGUUAUGGAAAAGAGUGCAACACUGAAAACAUACUCAAACCAGUAGAAGAUUCCACGGAGUUGAUCAGUAACGAGAAAAAUGAAGACAUCAAAUAUGUUAAUCAGGUUUUGGACUCUCCUUUGCUCUCAAGUGAACCUCCUCCUGGGAUUGAGAACUGGUUCUGUAGCUAUGCAUAUGAAUCUCCAGCAUCAGAUCAUACAAUCAUACUUUCUCUUCAAAAAGAUAGCAUGGUUGAUAAAGAGGAGCCUUGUAAUGGAAAUGAUGAAAGAGACGAAAACUUGCAUGUUUUUGAUGAUGAAAAACUUGUGGAGUGUGAUAAUGGUUCAUCUUGUAGGAGGAGAGAUCAUGAAAAUGAAGAAGAAGCAAAUGGUGAUUCAUUGAGUAAGCGUGGAGAAGAAGAAGGGAAUGGAAAUGGGUUUGUUUCGAUUAAAAACAAGAGAGAAAAAGAUGACAAGUCAAUGAAUGGGAAUAAGUUGAAUGGAAAGAGAUCUUCUUUUUCUUCAUGUGGUGUAGGAAAGAUGAAGGAAGAAAGUGAGAGAAGAAGGAAGAUAUUAGGAGACAUGACAAACAUUGAGCCAGGAAAAUGGAAGUGUCCACGGAAGAGUAAGCCGGACAUUGGACCUCCAUUAAAGCAGCUUCAACUUGGACAAUGGUUUCAUCGACAAUGAAUGAAUGAGAAAACUAUAAGUUUAUUUAUUGUGGUUUUGAUUGAUGUAAUUGGAUACCUAAUAGUGAAUAUGAAUCGAUUAAAUCUAAUGUCCAGUUGUAUUGGUUUAGGGCAUCUACAAUG